UGUAAUGAUGGAGUAUGAGGGAUAAUAUGGGGGAGCAGAGAGGGAAGGUGACCGGAGUGUUGGAACGAGCGGCUCACAUCGUCUGCUGGGUCGAGGGCGACCGCAGGUCUCACCAUGCUCGCUCUCCGCACCAUAUCUAGCACUCCACGACUGGCUGCUGCUGGAGUAAGAUGCCUCCAGAAGCACACACUGCCUGACCUGCCUUAUGAUUACAAUGCUCUAGAACCAACCAUCAGUGCAGAAAUUAUGCAACUUCAUCACUCCAAGCACCACCAAACUUACAUCAACAAUCUUAAUAUUGCUGAAGAUAAAUUAGCAGAAGCUAAGGCUAAAAGUGAUAUUAGUACUGUUAUAUCCCUUGCUCCUGCAUUGAAAUUUAAUGGCGGUGGCCACAUAAACCACUCCAUAUUUUGGAAGAAUUUGUCACCAGAUGGAGGAGAACCAGAAGGGGAAUUGCUGGCAGCUAUCAACCGUGACUUUGGAAACCUUGAUGCUUUGAAGAGUCAGCUGUCUGCAGCAACAGUAGCAGUACAAGGUUCAGGAUGGGGUUGGCUGGGCUAUAAUAAACAGAAAAAGAAUUUGCAGAUUGCCACAUGUCCUAAUCAGGAUCCAUUGGAAGCAACUACUGGCCUAGUACCCCUCUUUGGAAUUGAUGUGUGGGAACAUGCAUACUACCUGCAGUAUAAAAAUGUGCGGCCAGAUUAUGUAAAUGCAAUAUGGAAAGUUGCAAAUUGGAAGGAUAUUGCAGCAAGGUUUAAUGCUGCCAAGUAAGUGUUUCUUGCAUUGCUUGUUAUCUAAGGAAAUUCCUAUAUAGAAAUGAGAUACUGUAUGUGAUGGAGACAAGUUGCAUUUAAGAUGUUGUAUAUGCAGUAUUGACUUAACUGAUAGUCUUUUGGCUGUAUUUACAUGCAAAAUAUUAUGAAGAGCAUUGCAUGUGAAAUUGUGAUAAAAAUAUUCAUGAGCAACAUUUAUGAAUAACAUUCUGGUUGACCAUCUUAUUCUCAUAGUUUGACUCGAUGAAUAUAAUGUCAUUACCACUAGCUGAGUAGCACUACUGUACUAGGCGAGUACAUUUAUAAUGUCGAGACAUCUUUUUUUUCUGUAAAUAGCUAUAUAAAUCCUUAUUAUUUCUUUGGCAGAGCUUUAAGAUCUGACAGUUAUACAAUCCUGGUUUUAAAACAGUAGAAUAUGUAUAGAUAACUAUACAGUAUUACUGUAUUGUAUAAAUGUCUGCUUUUUAAGGUUCUAGCCAAGAAUAUGUUAACAUUGUCACUUAUGCAAUUGCAUAUUUUUCAAAUUGAUCUCUAGGGUCACUAGGCCAUUGAAUGACUUGACAUGAUAUGGGCUAUAGGUUUGAUAUAUUAAUAAAAGAAAUUAAAGCA